AUGAGACUAGAUAACUUUUUGAAUGCCCUAUAUUGGAAUUCCAAUACAUUAGGGCAGAAGCCAUUUGAUGGAAUAUUAACUACAGAUGUCAGUUGUCCUAUCGAUCUUCCUUUAACCUGUAGAAAUGCCACUGAGGUGACAGAUAGCUGUUGUUUCGAAUUUCCAGGAGGUAUAUUUUUACAGACUCAAUUUUGGAACUACAGGCCGUCAAGAGUGGGGAUGAAUGCUACUGAGAUAGAGAAUGAAUUAGGCCCUCUAGAUGCGUUCACCAUACAUGGAUUAUGGCCAGAUAAUUGUGAUGGAGGGUUCGAACAGUUUUGUGAUAAAUCUCUUUUUAUUGAUGACGUCUAUCAUUUAUUGAAAAGCGACGAAUUCAAUGGAGAGAACUCUCAAGACUUAGAAAUAUCAGGAGAAAACCUUUUGAAUAAUCUUACAUCUCUUUGGAAGAGCAAUAAUGGUAACCAUGAAUCCCUAUGGAUACAUGAGUUUAAUAAACAUGGCUCAUGUAUCAAUACCCUGAAACCAAAAUGCUAUAAAAAUUGGAACAAUAUAUCAAAUUCAAAAAGUAUUGUAAGUAAAGAAGAAAAUGAUUAUUAUAAAAAAAGAGCUGUAUAUGAUUAUUUUAGGAUUACAUACAAUCUUUACAAUGAAAAUAAUUCUUUCGAAAAAUUGGCAAAAUUUGGCAUCGUUCCAAGUAAUUCAACUACAUACACAAAGGAACAAAUAGAGAAUGCUUUAGGCUCUACAGAAGGCACCGACGAGGUCACUGCAAAAAUAUUUAUAAAUUGUGAUAGCAAUAAUGUUUUGAAUGAAGUUUGGUAUUUUUACUUAUUGAAAGGUUCACUAUUACAAGAAGAAUUUGUUCCAAUUGAUUCAUUCGAUAAUAAAAGAAGCAGAUGUAAAGCAACUGGCAUUAAAUUUUACCAAAAAGGUUAUAUCCCAAAUAAUGGUGGAAGACAGCCUCCAUCAAAUUCCAAAAGAGGAAUUGUCAGAAUAAGUGGUUACAACGGUAAUUUAAUUAAAAAUGGGCGCUGGAUGACAAAAGGAACACCGGCAAAUUUUGAGAUGAUUAAGUCUCCUUUUGGAAGUUACUAUUUAAAAUCACGCACUGGAUACUGUACUGUUUCUGUUUCAAAAGGUCUGAUAUGCAAUGCAAACAUUAAUAAUGCAGCUCAAUUUGAUUAUGAUGAUAAGAACGGAUAUAUAGGCUACUCAAAUAACUUUAUGUGGUCUGCAGAAACUUAUCCUAGAGGUAACACACAGAGUGUUGUUUACUUCAAUAAUAAAGACAAUAAAUACCAGUUUAAAUUGAAAUUUGUAUAA